AUGGUUGAAGCUGUGGCUGCCCAGGACAUUGAAGAUGAACUGAACGCAGCGAGACAGCGAGGACGCCAAGAAGCAAUGAGCGAGGUUGCUCGGACUGACAUUGCUGUGGCAGUGGCUCAUGAUGAUGAUGACAAUAGUCGCAAGGGCAUUGACGAGGCCGAAGCUCGAAAGCGCAAAAAGAAAUUCAUCGUACUAUUUGCCUUAUUUCUUAUAGCCAUUGGUGUCACUACUACCAUGCUACUACUCUUUGGCAGAAAACAAGACGCACCAGCUCAACUUAAGAAUACUGAAGAUUCAAAUGCCAAGGUAGUUGUUGUGUACAUUCCACCUACCAAGGAAGAGUGUGAAGCAAUAGCCAAUGGUACCUUUUUAGGGGAUCAGCAAUCGUUGAUCCAGAAAUCCUUUGACAUUCGAAUUGACAUUACACUGGGUUCCGAGAAUGACUUUGGUCCGCUCUUCAGCGCCAUGUUGAAUCAUAUCCAAGAAAAACUCAUACCCAUCAUGGCGGGCUGUGGGGCGAUUGACUUUUUUGAUACGACCAUGGCAAUUACGGAUGAACUGAAGAACGCCACCAACUCCAUUGUCAAUGGUAAGGUCGAGAAAGAAUCAGAAAAGCAGUGUGAUGGCUCAAAUGGGAACUGUCGAAGUUACGUUCUUGUGCUUGACUUGUACUUGAAGGAAGAACAAUCCAGUGUGAGUCUCAUGGAGGUGAUUGGAAGUGCUAUGAACGGGGAUAAACUUGUAAAUGCGCUUGGGGACUUCUACCCAGUCGAGACGGCUUCUGUUCCUUGGAUCAUUCCAUCGAAUAGUUCCAUUGUCGUCACAUCAGCUCCUUCUGUUCUGGGUCUUGAGACGGGGGUACCAACGCAACUUUCAGACUCGAGUACGGCUCCAAUUUUAUCCAUAGCACCCACUUUUGCUCCGACAUUUGAAAUGCCACUGACAUAUGGAGGUACAAACAUCCCUACGAACAAGGUUGUAACUAUCAGACCAACGAUUGUACCUGAUCUGCCUUCUACACCAUCGGAUUCGGGACCAAAUAGCCCAUCGAAUGCCCCUAUUCGAGUUUCGACGCAAACUCCAACUAGAAUGGGCACUCAUCGUCCAACUUCAGUUCCUUCACAAAGUCCAACAAGAAGACCAACUCUUCAACCAACAAGAGAUACAGCAUUUGCCCCAACAAGGAAUCCUACCAAAGGUCCAUCAAUGGCCCCAGUUGCCUUGCCCACUCCGGUCGUUAGCAAGUCACCUACAGAUGAACCGAGUUCGAUAACUUCUCUAUCACCAACAGCUGAGCCGACGCUUAAGCUUUCAUCUCAACCCACUCCGGUACCAUCGACUUCUGAUAUUUCCCCGUCGCCCUCAAUUCAGCCUUCCAUGUCACCAACCCACUAUCUAUGCUUUCAAAAUAACACCGAGCUCACCAAUACGGUCGACGACUGGUUUGCGUCUGCUCAGUUGAAGGCAUCAGUUGAGGCCCGAUAUGGACUGAUAGGGGACUGGUGCUUUGGUGAGGGUGUCACUAGCAUGGACAGCCUCUUUCUUGAUCGUACUGAUUUCAACGAAGCCAUUGGUAGCUGGGAUAUUUCGUCCGUUCGGGAAAUACCAAGAAUGUUCUGGGGAGCAUCCUCCUUCAACCAAGAUUUGUCAUCAUGGGAUGUGUCUUUGGUCAGAAAUAUGUUCAGAGUGUUUGAAGAUGCAAUUUCUUUCAACCAAGACAUAUCACCAUGGGAUGUUUCUUCCGCGAAAAGUAUGAGCAGGAUGUUCGUCAACACAACAUCUUUCAAUCAAGAUUUGUCAUCUUGGGACGUCUCUUCUGUUUUUUCAAUGACUAGAAUGUUCGAUGGAGCAGUCUCCUUCAACCAAGACUUGUCAUCGUGGGAUGUUCCUUCGGUGACUAAAAUGGAUAAAAUGUUCCACAGAGCAUCAUCUUUCAAUCAAAAUCUUUGUCCUUGGGGCUCGAGCCUCCGGAGCAGUGCUGAUGUUAGUGACGCGUUUCUCUACACCAACUGCCCUUCAACACUUCAAGUGAACCUCACUUCGAAUACUAAAGGUCCGUUUUGUCACGUUUGUUGA